ACGUCAAUUCAUAUUCUCCAAAAUGACAAAAGCUACAGAGACGUUAUUGGCGUUGUCUGCGGUGGGUGCCGUGUACUUUGCAUUGUUGGCCAAGGUAAUUCCCAGCCCCCAGCUUUUCCACCAGGAAAUCUUGCCUUAUUUACCCCUCUGGGCCGUUGUUUCAUUGGGAUCCUACUCGUUGGCAGUAUUGGGGUACCGGGUAUUUUCCUUCAAGGACAAGCCCGAGAAGUAUAAGGAGUUGUUGGUGCAGAUAGACGAGGCCAGGGAGUUCUACAAGAGCAAGGGAAUUGACUUGGACGAGUAAUGUGUUAUAAUAAAUAUACAGUCUAUUGACGG